AAAUUUUGUGAUAUAGUUAAUCUAAUAAAUGCUGAUACGAAACGUGAACCGGUGUAUAUAUUAUUAAAUGAAUCAGCUGCAUUAGUCAUCGGAACUUGCAGUUCCCAUCGUAAGUAUGAAGGUUCUGUUUGUGUGCAUUGGCAACACCUGUCGCUCUCCAAUGGCCGAGGCCAUCCUGAAGCAUUUGAUCCAAAAGCGGAACCUUCAGGAUUGGUAUGUGGACAGCGCUGGACUCAGGGAUUGGAAUGUGGGCGUAGAGCCUCAGGCACGUGGUCAGCAAUUACUUAAACAGCAUGGACUUAAAACUAAACACUUGGGACGUAUGAUAACUGCACAAGACUUUUAUGACUUUGAUUACGUAUUCGCCAUGGAUGGAAGCAACUUAAUGGAACUUCAGCAAUUGUCAGCUAUGCUGAGUCCCAGCCCUAAGUGUCAGAUUCAACUGCUGGGUAGCUACAUUGGACGCAAGGAGGAUGAGAUCAUUCUGGAUCCAUAUUUUAGCCAAGGAAUGGGCGGUUUUAAUACCGCAUAUCUACAAAUCCUGGAGAGCUGUGAACGGUUUCUGCAACAAUAUAUAUCUGCAAAAAAAGAUGCUUCAGACUAAUCCAUAAAUUAUAAUAAUAUUUGAAAUUAAUAUGGUUAACAUAUUUAAUUUGAUAUAAUUCCAAAGCUUUUAAAUUUAGUGGUUGUUACAAAAAUGUUUAAUUGAAUUGAUAUUAAUAUUGAUGGAGCAAUUAUUU